AAUGUACUGAUAUCGACUGCUUAGCCCAGAUCAUCUGAAUUUGCGUCAAAAGCACAGCUAUGCAAGCCCUCCAAGCAUCCCGGCUCACCGGGCAAGCUCGCCCCUGCUCCUCUAGCGUAGUUCCCCGCUGCUCAUCUCUACAUGUGUCUCGGCCUAUCAGCAGCGGCGUGUCUAGCAGCCAGGAGCUCUCCUCCCGCAGCAGUGCCCCGGCAACCAAGUCUUGGCGCAGCUCAGGGAGAGUGAUCACCCGCGCCACGGCCACCGCUGCUCCCUCGGAGCUUGAUGAUGUUGGUGUGAGCGCAGCGGCAGAGUCCAUUAUUCAGUAUGCCAUCAAUUUUGCUCGGGCAUCCGAGACCUACGAGGUGCACUCGUGGAUGGUGCUAAUGGGCAUUCUAAAGUACGAGACCUGCACGGCAGCAAAGAUCCUGAAGUCGCUGGGGCUUGAAGACCUUUACGGUGCCUGGAACGAGGUGCUGUGGGCCCUGAACGUCUGCGACGGCCUGCAGCCCCGCAGCUUUGUCACGGACAUUAAGUUCGCGGACCGGGCGUUUAAGGUGAUCACGGCGGCAUCGGACUUUGCGGUCUGGCACGGCAAGGACAAGAUGUAUUCGGAGGACGUGCUCAUGGCGCUCGCUGCGGGCGGUGUGCUGGAGGACCUGUUCCCCGACCUGAACCUAUCGUUCGAGCGGGUGCGCAAGGCGGUGGAGAAGGAGUCAGGGCGGCGCUACCAGCUGCCGGACGAGACGGAGGAGGCGGGGCCGCUGAAGAGCGAGGACGACGUGUCGUUCCUCUAAGCAGCCGGCCACGUGUAGUGCGGCAGCAGGCUUGCACGGCGGUGCAGAGCCGUGCAGGGCCGCGGGAGGGUCAUGGUGCUGUAGUGGGGGGGGGGCGGGGUGUUGUUAUGGACCAGGGCGAUGGAGAACGGCGGUGGACCGGCCUGGCCUCUAGGGUUCGUGUCGCAGUGCAUAGUCACGCCGGUCUGGGCGUGCGAGCAAUACUGCGGGUGGUGCCGCCUGCGGGCCAGGGCCGGGCGUUGGCUGGUGCGCCGUAUAGAUGUUAGGAACCUAUAACUGGACCGCGAGUGCAGACAAUGAGGGGUAUUGACUUCUUGACUAAAGCCACGCGUUACACGUGGUGUGCAUGUGCCUCAGAGCGGUGCCGGUGCGGGACUAUGACAGGAGGAUUCCCCUGCCGUGGCCCUAGUUGCAUGGGGGUGUGGCAGAUGCUUUAAUGAUUCACCGCUGCAGAACGGUAGUGUUGGACAGCGCACGGAGCUGGCGGGUGGUCGGGAGGGCUUGAGACCGGGAGGGCUUGUCGUGGUUGCUGGGGUGGAGGCGUGUGUGGGCUUGGCAUGGCUGCACAGGGUUGGAGGCGUGUGUGGAGGCGGCGGCCCAGGUGCUGCUUGCACACGAAUGUGGGCGGGACCAACGGUAGCGGCAUGAAUGUAACAUUAUUGUCAU